AUGCCGGACGAAACACUCGGGGACUUUUGCUUUGAUACGGAAGACGCGGCGGAACCUCGAGCGGCAAAUGCAGCAGGCUGUCCACGGCAGAGUCCCAAUAUGAGAUCGAGUUCGUUGCAGAAGUCACGGCUCAAAGUCUCUUCUCAGGUGCUUUGUCUGGUGUCACCAGUAUUUCGAGCCAUGUUAGGUCCUUCAUCCAUGUUCAAGGAAGCUUGCGAGCUACGCGCCUCGACAUCAAACUAUAGACUGCAGCUCGAAGACGAUGACCCAGAAGCGUUUGUGGCGAUAUUGUACGCUCUGCACUGCCAGACCGAGAAAAUCCCCUCCUCCAUCUCGUUUGAGGAUCUAUUCCAUAUGGCGAUUAUCUGUGACAAGUACGAUUGCGCGCUGGCCGUGGCUGUCUGGGUUGAAAUUUGGACCGCAGGGUGGAGGGAAUUCGCUUUCGAAACAACUUACUCUGAGUGGAUGUUUAUUUCUUGGACCUUUUGUUUACCUUCAAUAUUCGAACCAUUGAGCCGGAAGAUAGUUAUGGAAGGGCGAUAUGAAGAUGAACUGGGGCAGCUUCUUUGGGGUGGGAGGAGCUUGGAUGAAGUUAUGGUUCCCGAUCCGGUCAUCUCCGCGAUACUUCAACUACGCUCCGACGCCAUAAAGGCCAUCCUCGAUGAUACGGUAUCCUACCUAGAUCUCUACUCCAACGCGGAAGGGACAAUGUGCAGCUACGGAAUCCCCGAAUGCGACGUCAUGAUUCUCGGCAGUAUUGUCCGGGAAUUCCGAAAGCGCGGGCUACACAAUCGCGAAAAGUUUUUACUUAUGAGCCUGAAUGAUGUGGUAGCAAGUAUCAAAGGGAUAAGUAUCUACUUCUAUACAAAUUAUUCUGGGACUGUCUUUCAUGGGGACACCUGUAGCUUCUUGCCAGAUCUUUUCGCAAAGGUUGAUAAGAUUUGCGAGGGUAUUGGGGAGCUAAAGCUUGAAAGGUUUACUAAAGGUGUUGUGUGGUGCAGGUAUAAAGACGAUUUCGGGGGAAAAUUGGAGCCUUUGGAAUAUGAGCUGGUGUAG